AUGGGAGGUAGCAGUUCGAAGAGUCAGAGAUGUUCUCAAAGUUCGUCUUCUUCUUCGACUUUGGUGCAGCAACCUCACCAAAACAGCACCCCACAAAAGAAUAGCAAAAAGUAUUCACUCAUCGGCGAUAACUACCGUUCCAUUGAUGAGGUUACUGCUGCUCUUUUACAAGCCGGUUUGGAAUCAUCGAAUCUGAUUGUUGGUAUAGAUGUCACAAAGUCCAACGAGUGGACAGGAGAGCGAUCAUUCGACGGGAAGAGCUUACAUGCCAUAGGACCAACGCCAAACCCGUACGAGCAAGCGAUUUCAAUCAUUGGAAAGACUUUAUCUUCUUUUGAUGAAGACAAUUUGAUCCCUUGUUAUGGUUUCGGAGAUGCUACAACACAUGAUCAGCAUGUAUUCAGUUUCUUUCCGGAUGAUGCAUUCUGUAACGGGUUUGAAGAAGUCCUUGCGCUUUACAGAGAGAUUGUUCCUCAGCUACGUCUUGCAGGGCCGACUUCUUUUGCACCCAUUAUCGAAAGGGCUAUGACGAUUGUGGAAGUAAGUGGAGGGCAGUACCAUGUUCUUCUCAUCAUUGCUGAUGGACAGGUGACGCAAAGUUUUGACGCACAGAACGGUGGAGUCAGUCCACAAGAACGUAAGACCAUUGAUGCUAUAGUUAGAGCAAGUCGGUAUCCAUUAUCGAUAGUUCUGGUUGGUGUGGGAGAUGGUCCUUGGGAUACAAUGAGACAGUUUGAUGAUAACAUCCCUGCUCGUGCCUUUGACAACUUCCAGUUUGUGAAUUUCACGGAGAUUAUGGGGAAGAACGUUGAUGAUGGCAAAAAAGAAGCAGAGUUUGCAGCUUCAGCCUUGAUGGAGAUCCCUUGUCAGUAUAAGGCCACUCUCGAACUCGGCUUACUCGGACGAAGAACUGGAAACUGUCCAAAGACGAUUGCUCGUCCACCACCAGUAAGUGGUCACAAUCGAUCUAUUAGCAACAGCUCGACAAGUUCCUGCAGGUCAAGCAGUGUUGCCUCUGCACCGGCUGGUAGUAACGAGAACCAGGUUUGCCCGAUCUGUUUGGUUAAUGCAAAGAACAUGGCAUUCAACUGUGGACAUCAGACUUGCGACGAGUGUGGAAAUAACAUUCAAACAUGUCCCAUUUGCCGCGUCUCUAUUGCUAUUCGUAUCAAGCUCUAUUAGGAGUGGCU